UUGAACGGAAAUGCCAAAAAUUUAUAACUCAUCCGUUGCCGUUAAAUCCCCAAUUUCAGUACUUGAAGUUAAUUCACGUUAUUUCUUGUAUUUUCAGGAUUAUACCCCCACUGGGUUCGAUACCUAUACAAGCACGUAUGAAGCUACAGACACGUAUACAAUAAAAUUGUCAUUAUGGGAUACCUCAGGGAAAGAUGAAUACAGCCGGGUACGACCGUUGUCAUACAACGAUGCUGACAUAAUCUUAUUGUGUUUUUCCGUCGGAGUUCCGGAAUCUCUAGACAGAGUCGUUUCCAAGUGGUACCCUGAAAUCCGCGAGAAUUGUCCAAAUCAGCCAAUCAUAUUGGUCGGUUGUCAAAAAGAUCUCAGAGAAAACAAAUCAUCGGAGAAAUUGAAGAAGAAAGAUCCAAAUGUUGUCUCAUAUGAACAGGGAGUCAAAACUGCAAAACUUAUAGAUGCCGUGAUGUAUUCAGAGGUUUCUGCAAAAACUUCACAUAAGAGUGUGAAAGACGUUAUUGAAGUGGCUGCCAUGUCAUCUGCUGGAUGUAAACUAGAGAAGAAAAGUUCCACCUUCAGGCGCAGAAGAGCUUCCUUUCAGCGAAAACGUUUCAGUGAGAUUGGAGACGCGAAAAAAGUGCUAAGGAACGAAGCCGCUAAAAGUUGUGCUAUUAUGUGAUAAGUAAGGAAUAUUAUGAAUUAACAUCAAUGCUAGAAAUAGUCCUUACUAUCUUGUCUUUUAGCAACUAAGAAACAUAUAAAUAAUUGUUCUAAAUAUUUUACAAAAGGGAAUUUCUAAUAAAUGAUUUAAGAUUGUCGCACAAUGUAUCUCCCUCAAAAGAUAGAGCUAUUUGGGUGUCAUUUUUCUUGAUUAUUAAAAGUCAAAAGUUCUGUACAAACGUAGAAACAAAUGUAUUUUAUGUGAGGAAAAUAUUAAACUAUCUAUAUGCUGCUGCUUGAAAGUCGCAAUACCACCUGAAUGAUGUCAGUUAGACUUAGAGCCAAACAAAUCAAAAGAAAGUAAUGAUAGCGACAAUAUUCAAAAGGGUAUCUGUAACUAAGCGAAAGUGAAUUACUGGUUAGAUACUUGCAUCAAAUCGUUUGCGCAGCAACCUUCUUAAAUAAAUCAUGUUAUCUGAAAAACAUCUAUACAAAUUUUACUUACAAAAAAGACAAAUGUGAAUUCCAAAAUAUAUGAAAUAACGUCUCUAAAUUUGAUGUUUACAAAGUAAGUGUUGGAUUUAAGAAAUAUUCACUGCAGCUUCUCUAUUCUCUAGACUCGUUAAGGGGAAACAUUAAACUAUUAAUAAGGCUGCAAUUAAAGGGUAAAAUUAACUUAAAACAAGAAGCGACAAGACAAAUGCACAUAUUAAAUUUGGUGUACAUGUUUCAUUCUGAUAUUUGUCAUGUAACUA